CGCGGGGUGGAAGUGCGGCGGCUGGAGGAGGGUCUCCCAGCUCAGGCCCGAUUUGCAAGCUCUCUGGGCCUGCGUCCGCCGAGGGGGAGGGCUUCCCUGGCCUGUCCAGAGUGGCUCAGAGCACAAACGACUGUCAAGAGAGUAGGAGAGUGGAGGUGCCGGAAGUGUGUGCUCGCCGUGGGAUAACUUUCCUGCGCCGUCCGCGGCCCGGAGCCUCCGCCGCCUAGCUGUUCGCAGCGACGAUGCGCUCUGAUGACAACGACCUGAGCGGACCCGCGCCUCGGCCCACCGCCAGAGUCUGCACACUCCUCGCCGCAGGGGAAGAAGACUGAGCCCGGAGGCGUCCGCGCGCCCGGGCAGCCGGGUGCAAGGCGGCGCGGCGCUCGGGGCCCAUUUCCUCUGCGCGGUCCCCUAGCGUUUGGCUUGUUCCCCGCGAUCGUGCGUCCUCAGCGCCGGCCGCGGUCGCCGGCUGUUCCCGCCCUCACCGCCGGCCGGGACGUGCCCCGGCAGCCACUGGUAGCGUCUGUGCCAUGGGGCUGCCUACUCUGGAGUUCAGCGAUUCCUACUUGGACAGCCCAGAUUUCAGGGAGCGCCUGCAGUGUCACGAGAUUGAGCUGGAGCGAACCAACAAGUUCAUUAAAGAGCUCAUUAAGGACGGCUCUCUGCUCAUUGGGGCGCUGAGGAAUCUGUCUAUGGCAGUACAGAAAUUUUCCCAGUCACUGCAAGAUUUCCAAUUUGAAUGUAUUGGUGAUGCUGAAACAGAUGAUGAAAUUAGUAUUGCUCAGUCACUAAAGGAAUUUGCAAGACUACUCAUUGCAGUAGAAGAAGAAAGGAGGAGACUGAUUCAAAAUGCUAAUGAUGUAUUAAUUGCUCCACUUGAGAAAUUUCGCAAAGAACAGAUAGGUGCAGCAAAAGAUGGAAAGAAGAAGUUUGAUAAGGAAAGUGAAAAGUACUAUUCUAUUCUUGAGAAACAUUUAAAUUUGUCUGCAAAGAAAAAGGAAUCUCAUUUGCAAGAGGCAGAUACACUGAUUGACCGAGAGCAUCAAAAUUUUUAUGAAGCAUCAUUAGAAUAUGUCUUUAAAAUUCAAGAGGUUCAAGAAAAAAAGAAGUUUGAAUUUGUUGAACCGCUUUUGUCAUUCUUGCAGGGUUUAUUUACUUUUUACCACGAGGGAUACGAACUCGCCCAAGAAUUUGCACCAUAUAAGCAACAGCUUCAGUUCAACUUGCAGAACACAAGGAAUAAUUUUGAAAGUACUCGACAAGAAGUAGAGCGGUUGAUGCAAAGAAUGAAAUCUGCCAACCAAGAUUACAGACCACCCAGCCAGUGGACAAUGGAAGGCUAUCUUUAUGUCCAGGAGAAACGGCCGCUUGGUUUUACAUGGAUUAAACAUUAUUGUACAUAUGAUAAGGGAAGUAAAACAUUUACAAUGAGUGUUUCAGAAAUGAAAUCCAGUGGGAAAAUGAAUGGCCUCGUUACUGGUUCACCAGAAAUGUUUAAAUUGAAAUCUUGUAUCCGACGGAAGACAGAUUCAAUUGACAAACGAUUCUGCUUUGACAUAGAAGUUAUUGAAAGGCAUGGAAUCAUCACAUUACAGGCAUUCUCAGAAGCUAAUCGGAAACUCUGGCUCGAAGCCAUGGAUGGGAAAGAACCAAUUUACACCCUGCCUGCCAUUAUUAGCAAGAAAGAAGAAAUGUAUUUAAAUGAAGCAGGGUUCAAUUUUGUGAGAAAAUGCAUUCAAGCUGUGGAAACAAGAGGCAUCACUAUUUUAGGCCUCUACCGAAUAGGAGGAGUGAACUCCAAAGUUCAGAAACUCAUGAACACAACAUUUUCUCCAAAAUCCCCUCCUGAUAUUGACAUUGAUAUUGAAUUGUGGGAUAAUAAGACAAUAACAAGUGGGCUGAAAAACUACCUCAGGUGCCUUGCAGAACCACUGAUGACUUACAAGUUACACAAAGAUUUUAUUGUUGCAGUUAAAUCUGAUGACCAAAACUACCGGGUGGAGGCUGUACAUGCAUUGGUGCACAAAUUGCCAGAAAAAAACAGAGAGAUGUUGGACAUCUUAAUAAAGCACCUUGUCAAAGUAUCACUACACAGCCAACAAAAUCUCAUGACUGUCUCAAACCUUGGUGUCAUAUUUGGCCCAACUCUAAUGCGAGCACAAGAAGAAACUGUGGCUGCCAUGAUGAAUAUUAAAUUUCAGAAUAUUGUGGUUGAAAUUCUGAUAGAGCACUAUGAAAAGAUUUUUCAUACUGCCCCAGACCCAAGCAUUCCUCUUCCUCAGCCUCAGUCUCGAUCUGGAUCCCGAAGGACAAGAGCAAUCUGCCUUUCCACAGGUUCCAGGAAGCCCAGAGGAAGGUAUACACCGUGCUUGGCAGAACCUGACAGUGACUCUUACAGCAGCAGCCCAGACAGUACGCCCAUGGGGAGCAUCGAGUCCCUCUCCUCUCAUUCCUCUGAACAAAACAGCACAACCAAGUCUGCUUCCUGCCAGGCCAGGGAGAAAUCUGGAGGAAUUCCUUGGAUUGUAUCCCCAUCACCCUCCAAUGGACAGAAAAGUCUUGGACUCUGGACAACUAGUCCUGAAUCAAGUUCUAAAGAGGAUGCAACCAAAACAGAUGCAGAAUCAGAUUGCCAGAGUGUUGCCUCGGUCACCAGCCCCGGGGAUGGUUCCCCACCCAUAGACCUGGUCAAGAAAGGGCCUUAUGGGCUUUCAGGACUGAAAAGAACCUCCGCUUCUUCUCUCAGAUCCAUCUCUGCAGCUGAAGGAAACAAGAGCUACUGUGGAUCCAUUCAAAGCUUAACUUCUGUAGGUUCCAAAGAGAUGCCCAAAGCCCCACCAAACCCAGACCUGCCUCCAAAAAUGUGCAGGAGGUUAAGGCUAGACACUGCCUCAAGCAAUGGCUACCAGCGACCUGGCUCUGUUGUGGCAGCAAAAGCCCAACUGUUUGAAAAUGUUGGUUCACUUAAACUGGAUUCUUCUGGGCGCCAAGCCAAAGCCAUGUACUCUUGUAAAGCAGAGCACAGCCAUGAACUUUCUUUCCCACAGGGGGCAAUAUUUUCUAAUGUAUACCCAUCAGUGGAACCAGGAUGGUUGAAGGCAACUUACGAAGGCAAAACAGGACUAGUUCCAGAAAAUUAUGUUGUCUUCCUCUAAUACUGUUUAGUGGAUGGCAGUAUCUUCAUGGUAUCCAUGGUAACAAUAAUAAGUGCUAUGAUUUUAUCUGACACAGAUAUGGGAAUCAGCCCACUAAAUGAAACGUAAAUUUCUAUCAAGUUCUACACCAGCAGACCAUGUAGCUCCCUAUAAAUGAAAAAGAAAAAAAAUGCAUAAAUUGUUAGCCAUGCCAUUCUUUUAAUUUUUACUUCUUGACUGGUUUCUUAUUUUAAAAUCUUGCCCCCACCCUUGUUUUUGAUAACUAACUCUGCACAUUGUCUUUUCCAUAACAAUUGUAGAAUACUGUGUUAAGUACUAUAUCCCAGAAAUUUGGAAACUAGAAAUUUGCUGUAAGGAUUUUCAGAUAAGUCCUUUACUGUCUGGAAUUCUCUGAGGAACUUUGAAAUCAUUACUUAAAAUGUAAUUUAAAUUAUUCAUUCAUUAUUUUUUCUUACGAAUUUCUUUCUUUUCUAUGUCAUUGUUUUGCUGGUCCUAAACAUUUCAAGGAAAUAAGUUGUUGUUUUUUUUAAUGUUAAGUUUAUUUUUAUUUGUUUACCAAGUAGAUGAUGAUAUUCAAAAGGAAUAAUGUAAAUGAUGUCUAUAAAUGAAACCAAGUUAAGUCAUACACUGAUUUCAAUAUAAACACUCCAUUCAGCAUUCCAGAUGCCUUCUAUGGGUAUAGAGUGGGGAUUAGCAAACUAUUUCUGUCAAGACCUGAUAGUAAAUAUUUGGGGGUUUUGUAUACCCUAAAGGUCUUUACUACAGUACUCAACUGCCAUUGUAGCAGAAAGCACUCAUAGAUAAUGAAUAAGCAAAUGAAUAAGGCUUAGUGCCAAUACAACUUUAUUUAUGGACUCUACAGCUUGAAAAUUUUCGAAAUUCUCAUUCUUAAAAUCCAUUGAAAAAUAGAAAUAUUUUAGCUGUUGGGCCAUGUAAAACUAGUGGCGGGCCACAUUUGACUCAUGGGUAAUAGUUUGCUGAUGCCUGGUUUAGAGGAGGUAUAAAACUAUCUUUAUAACUUUGGGAUUUAAUGAAAUUUUACCACAUUAACAUAUAAAUACUGAUAAGUCAUAUGCACAUAUCAUCUGAUAGUGGCAUUACAGUGGCAUCAAAAAAUAUAAUAAAAUGAAAACAAUGUAAAAAGUGGAUUUUUAAGGCAGCAGCCUAAAUUCUACUUGUAAGACUAUGAAGUUUCAAUGUAUUUUAUUGAUAUCUAAUAUUGGCUUUUGAGAAAUUCUUGUACAGAUGAUAAAGAUUUUUUUAAAGGUACAAGUAUGCUUAAAUUCUUUUAAAUUCUAUACUUAGUUGCAAUAAAAACCAAACAUAAAGGUACAGGAUUCUUAAAUAAUCUUUAGCUUCAGAAUUUAAAAUUGUUUAAUCAUCUUUAGCAGGAAUAAAAUCUGUACCUGACUUUAUUUAAUGCCUUUCAAUUUAUAGCUUUUAUUAGGAAUUUCACUGAAUUUAUAGAGUGUAGAAAUAGAUAUUCACUACUCAUUUAAAUAGAUCAUCAACAUCUGGUCGUGCAUCAACCAUUAUUUCUAUUUCAAUUAUUCUAAUAUAUUAUCUCUAUAAAUAUCUGCAUGUGGCAAAGAGCCUCUCCUCUUAAGAUUCCAAAAAGCUGGUUACUUGCCAUUGAUGGCCACAGCACUGGUCCACUGGGACAUGAUAUUUUACUUGUUACUUCAGAUUUCUCCAUGUACAGACACUCAGGUAUUGACUGCAUAAAGCUCUUUUUGCAGACAGAGUCAAAAUCAGAAAUAAAUACCAGUACAUUGAAUAAAGGGAUGAAAAAUAUUUAAUAUUAUAAAAAUUAGUAAUAUAAUGAAAAAAUCUGAUAAAUGUUUAUUUUUUACCUUCUGCUUUUGAUCUUUGUAUACUUAUGAUCAGGUGUUGCUAGAGCUUUUUGGUCUCUAGAUCCUUGGUGGCCUUUUCCUAGUAAUAAUAACAUUGCUGAUAGCCUGACUACCUUCUGCUGGAACAGAAGGCAAUCUCUCCAAUGUUCCAGUCCCUAUGUUUAUAUGACACCCUCAGUUUAAAUGCCUUUGCCAUCAUCUGACAUCCUACUAGAUUAGAAUGUCUUAAUGGCAAAUUGAUUACCUUGCAAAGAUCAACUUGACUCCAAAGAAAGAUUCAGAAUUCCACUUCAUUUGCUGCAACAUAGAGAAAUCUCAACGUUCAUUUUAUUUUAACACAGACCAGAGUGUUCUUUCCUCUGAGUUGUCUGUGAGCUAAUUCCACUGACGAUUAGUGAGGAAUUAAAGCUUUUGUUGUAUAGGACAUGAAUGAAGCCCACCUCUCCUUUAUUAUAUACUAAGGCAUUACUAUACAUUUAUUGUGGCAUUACUUACUGUGGUCCCUUUUUUGAAACAAAAGUGUAAGUGCUUGUUCAAAUUGUACCUUUUUUUUGAAGUUUUAAUCUUACAGAUUUAUGGCGAUGGUCCUUUUUUCUUCAUAUUGAUUACAUGUGUUAAGCAAGUCAUGGCCAUAUACUGCUUUUCCUUAGAAAUAAGUUUCCCACAGAUAAGGUAUUCAUGAGCAUUGAGAAAAUCAAGACAUGUGCUCUAAAUUACAUGGAAUAUUAAUUACACAAGAAGGUAAUGACAGUCAUUGGAAGACAAUCACACUUAAACAUUUAACCACAGUUCAAUGAUGAAACCUUAGUAUUUUAGGGAUAAUGUGAAGAUAGGUUAGAAUUGCCACCUGUACAUCUCCAAAACACAACAAUGUGCACACCCUAAACACUGCUUAUAGUAUAAUCAGUAUGAGGAAGAGUUGAUAAGUCUAUGUCAAUCAUCUUGUGUACUAUGUAAAAAUAUCCUCUAGUACAAAACAUUUAUGUAUUUAACAGGUGACUCUUUUGUUAUGCCAUAACUCCUACCACAUUUAUAGACACUAGUCAGUUAACUGAAGGUUUUUCUUGUGUUAUGUGUAAAUGUGUGAAAAGUAAAAUAAUCUUUGUAUUCCUGUGAAGUCCGUGAAGUAUGAGGAAGUGCCAUUUCUUCUUGUUUGAUUUGAGUGGCUUUGGUAGUUGUGUUGACUCUCUGUACUUUGUAAUGUGAAUGAGUGUAACCAGGUCUCUCAACAAUGGCUUCUUUGCUAGCUCUUUCAGGAACGGUGAAGAAAAAAAAAAUGUACUUUACAGUCUCAAACUAUCCAAGUUUCCAAAUAGGAAAAAUAAAGAUAUAUCAUGACUUUUAUUCUUAUUUUAUGAUAAUUAGUUUUACAUAUUGUGGUACUCCUUUUAAAAAUCAACUAGG